AGUUACAUAAGCAGCUACACACACACACACACACACACAGAGACACAGACUGCACGCCACGCUGUUUAACUUUAUAACUUUAAAGGAAACGGAUAACUAGCCGAAAGCUAACAUGGCUAAACAUAAACACAGGGCAGAUGCUGUUGUGACUGAAAAGGAGCGCAAAAAGGAGAAGAGUCGUUGUGUUAAGAAGAGAAAAGCUGCUGCCAAAACGCCGAGCAUCAAAGACAAGGGUACCAAAGCCAAAAAUAUUGCCAAGUCCACCAAGCCCAGAGGCCAAGCUUCAAAAAAGGCACAUAAGCCAACGGAUGGACAGAAGAGCAAAUACUUCAGUGAGCCAUUAAAAGAAGAGCCUGAGGACUUUGAAGAAUCAAGCAUGUCCCUUCCAGAGAACUCUGUGCUAAAAAGCACCGAUUACAAGAUAAAAGAAGAGAAAAAAGAAAAUGAGAGUGAAGAGAGUGAUGAAGAUGAGGAUUGGGAGGAAGUGGAAGAACUGGCAGGACCAUUAGGACCAGCAGUGGAAGACCAAGAACCUGCAGUUCCUUCUCAGCCUGUGGAGAUUGAGAUUGAGACAACUGAGGCCAGACACAAAAGACAGAAAAAGGAGAAGCAGAAAGCUGAGUUUGAGACUUACCUGCGCAGAAUGAUGAAACGUUUCAACAAGGAUAUACAGGAGGAUACACACAAGGUCCAUCUGUUAUGUUUAUUGGCUAGCGGACUGUUCCGGAACCGCAUGUGCUGUGAGCCUGACCUACUGGCCAUCACCUUGUCCUUAAUUCCUGCCCACUUCUCCAUGGUUAUUAAAAAACGUAUCAACACUGUCUUUCUGGAAAGUCUUCUGACGUGGUUUAAAGAGACGUUCACACUAAACCGUGCCCUCCCUGAAGAGAAGGACCUGGGACUGCGAGAGCUGCUGGAGAGACGUUUGGGAAGUCUGUCUGCACGUGACCAUCAGGAGAUGACCUACCUGUUCCUGCUGGUGCUGAGGUCACUGCACAUCUACUGUCGAUUGGUGCUGUCACUACAGCCAUUACCCUUCAAGCCACCAACAAAAAAGGGAAAAGCAGAAACCUCCAGCAGUCCUCCUUCUAAAGAGAAGUCAAACAAAGCUGAUAAAAAGCCACCAGAACCCAAAGUUUCCACAGGGUCCAAACGCCCAUCCUCUUCCAGUACUGAGGGGCAACCGAAGAGGGGAGGAAAGAGACAGAAAAGGAAUGUUGAGGAUGGAGGUGACAAGGAGAAAGAAGCAGGAGGGGGACAAAGGCCAAAAAACACCAAAAGAAGGAGUACUGCAUCAAAAGUUUCAUAUAAAGAAGAUAGCAGUGAGGGGGAAGAGGAGCUUAGUGAAGAGGAUGAGUUUCAUCUGUCCAGCGAGGAUGACAGCGAUAAUUCAGAAUGUGGUGGAAAAAAGUCCAACAAGAAUUCAAAGGCUAAAGGAAAGGGCAAAAGUCACGCUCCACGACGAUCCAGCAAGAUCAAGAAGAGAACGAAGGAGGAGGAGGAGGAGGAAGAAGAAGAAGACCUAGAGGAGGAGCUACAAUGGAAAAAGCAGCGAGGGAAAAGGAGGCAGGGGAAAGGAGAUGAUGAAUGGAUAGAGGUGUACCUGAAAGGGGCAAAGAGAUGGAUAUGUAUUGAUGUUGAUCAAGGGGUGGGGCAACCAGAACUCUGCUCUAAUCAGGCCACUCAUCCAAUUACAUAUGUAGUGGGUGUAGAUGAACACGGUUACCUGAAAGACGUGAGCAGCAGAUACGACCCUACCUGGCUCACGGCAUCACGGAAACGACGCAUCGACUCAGAGUGGUGGGAGGAGACGUUGCGCUUUUACGAGUGUCCCGAUUCUGAACAAAAGAAGGAAGAAGAUGAAGAGCUGCAGGAAAAGUUGAUGGGUCAGCCAUUGCCAAAAGCCAUAUCUGAGUACAAAAACCAUCCUCUGUAUGCACUGGAGAGACACAUGCUGAAGUACGAGGCCCUGUACCCUUCCACUGCCACCAUUCUGGGCUACUGUCGAGGAGAAGCUGUCUAUUCACGGGAUUGUGUUCACACACUGCAUUCAAGAGACACGUGGUUAAAGCAAGCGCGCACUGUCCGACCCGGGGAGAAGCCUUACAAGAUGGUAAAGGGCUUCUCAAACCGGUCCCGGAAAGUCAGGAUGAUGUCUGAGAACAAAGAUGAAAAGGACCUACCCCUGUUCGGCCCCUGGCAGACCGAGGAGUAUCAGCCCCCAGUAGCCAUCAACGGCAAGAUUCCACGUAAUGAAUUUGGAAACGUGUACAUGUUUCAACCGUGUAUGCUGCCAGUGGGAUGUGUGCACCUACAUCUGCCUAAUCUGAACAGAGUGGCUCGAAAACUCAACCUGGAUUGUGCUACUGCUGUAACAGGCUUCGAUUUCCAUGGAGGAUAUUCACAUGCUGUAACUGACGGCUACAUUGUGUGUAAGGAACAUGAAGAGAUUCUGAAAGCUGCCUGGGAAAACGAGCAAGAGAUUCAAAAGAAGAAGGAACAAGAGAAGCGUGAGAAGCGAGCGCUGGCUAACUGGAAGCUGCUGGUGAAAGGGCUGCUGAUUAAAGAGCGGUUGCAGCAGCGUUACGGACAGCAGGGCAUGGCCAAGGACACGGGCAUUGCAAAAGGCGGAGAAGAAGCAGCAGAGGGAUUCUCAUCUGGAGAGGAGGAUGAAGGUGGAGCUCACACGGCUCCACCAUCUCUGACCGUUUCAUGGCCACAGAAUAGGCAAGUGGAGCCGGAAGAAGGAGGAGCUAAAAAGUCUGUCAGUAAGAGGGAGAGACGUGGCCAGCAGAAACAUCUCUUCCCUUUUGAAAAACGUGUGUAAUGUGAUUACUAUUGCUUGCUUUCUCUUGCCUCUCUGUACAUCAGUCUGCUUUCUUUGUCAUCUCUGUAUGCACAACUAAACACAUGGAUUUGUUUCCUUUCCACAGCAGUAUGUCUAACAAGUGUGUCUUUUGUUUCUUUGUCUCUGUCCUUUGGCCACUUUUCCAGCUCAAUCAAAAGGAAACAAACCAACCAAAUAUCCCAUGCAAGAAAUUUUAUACAUUUCCAUGAACAGAAAAGCUGUUUACCUGAAAUUUCUUUACAUGGAAGGGCUAAGGGCAACUGUUGAAGAAAAAUCGAAUUCGUAAUGGUUAUAUUCCAACAAUAAAUGUCUUCAAAUGAGAUAGAAAUUCAAAUAGCAAGUAAUUCUGAUUUAUUCAGAUUUAUUCUGAAAUGGAUUUGUGAUCCAUGUGAAUGAAGCUCUUUAAAAUACAUUGACAACAUUUGUAAUUUCCUCUGAAAUGUGAGCUCCAUCUCUAAAAAAAAAGAGAAUUAUACAGACAUAGAGCUUCACUUUUAGAAAAACUUGUUUAUUAAGUGCCCCAGAAACUGAGCAUUGAUUUCCAAUACUAGUGAGAUUCAACUAAACAGUUUUUAGUAUGUGGAAGCUUGUAAAAUCUCCUGUUUCUGUUAAUUGCCCAUAUAUUUUAUGUGCUUAAUAGAGGGUAGGUUUAAAAACCCUGAGUGUUUCUGUAAAGAUCAACUACAGACCUCUUAAUCCAAUGGUGCUUAUUUGCCGCUAGUGUGUCCGGACCUCAAAAGCUGUCGUGUUACGAGUCUCAACAAUUUCAAUGCUUUAAGUCAGUAUUUUCAGUGAUUACAUGCUGUCUGAUUGAACAACUUCCUCUUACUUCCCCAAAUCCUUACACUGUGCCAGUGACAGGAGGGCAGUAAUAUGUCUAUAUUUCUUAUGUCUAAGAAACCUGAUGGAUGAUUCUUCCACCAAAAAUACUGUAUAACUGUUUAGUCUUUGACACUGAGUUCUUAUAGUCAAUAUACAGAGCAAAUAUCAGAGCUAUUUCACAUUUGAAUAUUAAGUUCAGCUUUCAUCCACAA